GCUUGAGUUAUCAAACGACAGAGUUUGAGGGGAAUCAAGAAGCUGCAUACCAGACUGUCAUACUCUAAACAUGGCUAUGAGGAGCGAAGCCAGAGACGAGGCAGAGGUAGAGGAGGAAGAAAACUGUGGACCACAACCUCUGUGCAGACUAGAGCAAUGUGGAAUCAGUGCCAGUGACAUCAAGAAGUUGGAGGAUGCAGGUUUCCACACGAUUGAGGCGGUGGCCUAUACACCUAAGAAAGAGUUGCUGAACAUCAAGGGCAUCAGUGAGGCCAAAGCUGACAAAAUUCUGGCUGAAGCAGCCAAAUUGGUGCCAAUGGGCUUCACAACAGCCACUGAGUUCCAUCAGAGGAGAGCCGAAAUCAUACAGAUUUCUACAGGCUCAAAGGAGCUCGACAAGCUACUACAAGGUGGCAUUGAGACAGGCUCCAUCACAGAAAUGUUUGGAGAGUUUCGGACAGGGAAGACUCAACUGUGCCACACACUAGCUGUCACCUGUCAGCUGCCCAUUGAUCAGGGGGGUGGAGAAGGUAAAGCAAUGUACAUUGAUACAGAGGGAACCUUCCGACCAGAGCGACUCCUUGCUGUAGCAGAGAAAUAUGGGCUGGUUGGCAGUGAUGUUCUAGACAACGUUGCCUAUGCCCGAGCCUUUAACACAGACCAUCAGACCCAGCUCCUGUACCAAGCAUCUGCCAUGAUGGCUGAGUCAAGGUAUGCCCUACUGAUAGUGGACAGUGCCACUGCUCUGUACAGAACAGACUACUCGGGUAGAGGAGAGCUGUCGGCUAGACAGGGACACCUGGGACGUUUCCUCCGAAUGCUGCUCAGGCUGGCAGACGAGUUUGGCGUUGCUGUGGUGAUAUCAAACCAGGUGGUAGCACAGGUAGACGGGGCAGCCAUGUUCUCUGCAGAUCCCAAGAAACCAAUCGGUGGCAACAUUAUGGCUCAUGCCUCCACCACACGGCUGUACCUAAGGAAAGGUAGAGGAGAGACGAGGAUCUGUAAAAUCUACGACUCGCCCUGCCUACCAGAGGCUGAAGCCAUGUUUGCCAUCAAUUCUGACGGAGUGGGCGAUGUCAAGGACUAAGUGGGCAGAGAGAGGAAGGUGCUGGUAAAUGCUCUAUCACCUGCUCUCUUGUUUCUUGGUCAACUGUGUUGAAUGACGAUAACCUUAACACAAAACCACAGAUGGGCUCAUUGGAUUGGCUUCCCGAAAAGACGGUCCUGCCUAUAUGCAUUAUAUGCUCAAUGAUAACGCUGUGGCAUUAAAAUAUUUGUUUUGUGCAUUCAACGAAGGAAAAUAAACUGUUUCCCACAGUUAUGACAUAGAAUCUCAUAAUAAUGAGGUUAUAUCUCCAUAAUUACAAAAAAUCGUGAGAUUUAUAUUCUCGCAGGAAGUUCUUUAGUCCUAUCCCUUACCCUGCCUGUAAUGUGUCACAACUCAUCAUUACGAGUCACUAAGUUGCAAUGACAGAAAAAGUUGUUUUCGUUGUUGAAUGUGCUGCAGUUUCUUUAAAAAAAGAAAGUAUGGUGAAAUAACUUGCUAUAGCUUGUGACAUUUAUUUUUCUGUUAAUUUGAUGAUUUUUUUUGUUGAGUCGUGCAUUCUUUGGUUGGUCUGAUGAAGUUUUUUUCGGAAGGCAGUUAUUAUUUUACAAUGAACACAUACCCACAAGAUACUGACAUUUAUCUGCCUUUAUUUUUCUCCAGCCAAACCACUUCUGUUGAGUCCCUUCUCUGUUUAUUUACCAGAAAGAGUAUUAAAUUCCUUUUACCAAUAAUUAAACCUGUUGCAUCAUUGCAG